UUAUCAUCAUCAUCAUCAUCAGCCUAUUAAUGUCCCCACUGCUGGGGCACAGGCCUUCCCUAUGGAUGGCAUAGAGAGAUUGGGCCAUGACCCACCACGCGGGCCCAGUGCGGAUUGGUGGGUGCUAACGACUGCAAAUGCAACCGGGACCAACGGCUUAACGUACCUUCCGAAGCACGGAGGAGCUCGAGAUAGUAAAUUUUUGGUCACCCAUCCAAUGACCGACCACUGCGAAAGUUGCUUAACUUCAACGAUCGCAGCCGAACGCGCUAGCCACCUGCGCCAUCGAGCUCCUCGUAUAAAUUAUAAGCCAGAAGAUGAGGAUUCUUCGGGAGGUUCGUCGCCUGAGCGCAAUAGUGAGUGUUUGGAUGGAGGCACGAACGUAUGUGAGUGGCGCGGCUGCGGCUCGCGCUACCCGAGCAUCGCUCGACUGUCGGCGCACGUCGCGCGGGCACACGCGCACGCACAUACGGACGGACACUUCUACUGCGGCUGGAAAAAUUGCCGUAGACCGCAAAGAGGAUUCAAUGCCAGAUAUAAAAUGCUGGUUCACGUACGAACUCACACCAACGAGCGACCACACACAUGCAACCAGUGCAGUAAAAGCUUUUCAAGAGCAGAAAACUUGAAGAUUCACCUUAGAUCACAUUCUGGAGAGAAACCUUAUGUUUGUCCUUAUGAGGGUUGCGGAAAGGCGUAUUCCAAUUCCAGUGAUCGUUUCAAACACACCAGAACACACACAGUGGACAAACCCUAUUUCUGCAAAGUUCCCGGUUGCAACAAGCGGUACACAGACCCAUCCAGCCUUAGAAAACACGUCAAGACAAACAAACACUUCACAAAGGAGGAAGACGUACGGCGAGAGUCGUCAGAUGAAAUCCAAAGUCCAGAAGUCGCUAUAUCUUCACCCACAAACGAUACCAACCCUUGUCACACAGUGAUAAAGCCCUCUUCGCCAUAUCACAUGCAUUCGCCCAUACAAAUGCAUUACAGUCCUGUAAGAACAUCUUCACCGACAAUGGCUUACAGCCCAGCUUUACCUUUAAGGGAACCAAGCAUGAGCUAUCCUCUAGUCAACCCAGUUACCUACAUAGAACCAAUGUACCCAGUCAGAGUGCCAUCACAUGAGAUGUCUUACAUUGAAUACACGCAUAUGUACGAGCACGCAUACAGGAGUUACUAUUCAAACUCCAUCGGCUAUCCUGUUCUACCUCAGAGGAUCAACGAAAAAGUUUAUAAAUAUGACAUUACUACGCAAUAUGACGAAGUCGAAAUGGAGGAACACAGAGAGAACGACAGAUAUGAUAUUGUUCCCGAAGAGGAGAUGCCCUUAAACUUAAUUUGCACCAAGCAAAGAAUAGAGUGCAAACCCAUCGAACAACUAGUCAAGCGAACAGACUUGCCAUUAGACUUAAGUACAAAGAGUUAA